AUGGCGACGAAUAUUUCCCGCGCCUUCUUCCUGUCGGCGACAGCAAGUUCCCCGACCCCGUUUCUCUACCAAACACGCACCCUUGCACCAAUAUCAGACUCGCUGCGGAGAACGUUCGCAGCUCGUGUCCAACAAUAUUCGACCGCAAAAAAAGCCUCUUACGAUUACGAUAGGACCGAAAGCGAUCUCACUUCUGACCAGGAUGAAUUGAGUCAGGAGCCUCCGCCCCAGGAGUCUGGUUCGAGCCCGGCGAGUGAGAAUCCUCAGCCCCGGAGAAGCUAUUUGCGCCGGCGUGGUGCUUCGCUGUCGCCGAAAGUUCAAAGCAGAACGCAAGUGCCCUCAUCAAAACGGAACAAAAAUGCCAGCACCGUCACCGGACGUGAGAAGAAAGCCUUUGGAGAGCUGCUUGGGCAGCUCGGCAUCGGACGCGAUGGGGGCAAGGCGGAUGCGGGAAGCGUCACAGAAUCGCAGAUUUCAUCAGGGGAAGGACAGGAGCGCAUUAACGACCUCAUGAUAAAGUUCGGCUCGAUCCUGAAGGAUGUGCAAGAGAAUGCCAAAUCUUCUGCCAGAGCCACGAGAGAAUUGCAAGGAGAAACCCCUACAGACGAAGCCAUUCCCUUCUCUAGUCAGGCUCCAGAUGGCGCCAGCAUGACGGUCGGAUCGCCAGAGGAGAGUGGCAGCUCGAGGAAGCUCCGACUCAGUGAUCUUGGCUAUACUGAGCCAGCUUCGGCCACUACCUUGGAGCCCAUGAUCACCAUGGAAGAGGCAAUCGAGUUUGUCGUCCAGAAGGAGUCGGAGAAGAUUGAAUACGCACUAUUCAACGCCAUCGAAGAAGGCAAAGGCGACAUGGGGCUGUGGGAAGUCUGUAGAGAGCGCAUUUUCUCUGUGCUACAUCAUUUGGACGAGUCAGCCUUGAUCACAAUGCCAGGCCCGGACGGUCCCAACCAGACAGCACCCUCAUCUGGGCCUCUGAGAAUCCCGGCUGUCGUCCCAAUUGGCCCGGUAGUAUCAGCACUUUACCCGAAGACUCUCUUGAUCGCUUUCCGUUUGUUGAACACGCAUUUCCCCGACUCGCAACUCAUUGGUCAGUUUCGCUCUACUAUCAAGGAACAAGGCCGCGCAUCUGCGCUCCUUGGAACUUCCAUCGCGCUCUACGACGAAAUGAUCCACUUUUACUGGCAUGGCUGCCAUGACCUCCCGGCAGUGAUAUCAUUCCUCCACGACAUGGAUGUUACCGGCCUGGACCCCAGCUGGAGAACCUGCAAGCUGCUGAGAGAGAUUGCACGCCAACGGCAACAGGAUGUGGAUCCUCGGCGACAAUCCCAAGUUGGCCAGGACUUGUUCUGGGAAUUCCCUCCCAACAAGAAAGCAUUUGAGGAACUUUCUGGGCCUGGUGGAUGGCUGGAGAAACUCAAUGCCCGCGCUCGGGAGUCCAAGAACCAGCGCGCCAUCCCAUCCGCUCGUGUGCGUGUGUAA